AUGCAAUCCGGCAACUAUACACAACCCGAUACCUCUAGUUCUACCCUCUCCAAAAAAAAGAGCGGAUAUAAAAUGGAGUUCAACCAAGGACCUGACCCUCAGAUCUACAACAAAGCAGUUACUCGAGUCAAAGGAGCAAUGCACCUUCCCAAACUCUCAACCGCUUUGCAGGCCAUCGUCGCCGCCAUGAUGUUGGCUACUGCAAUGGCAAAUCCAAUCCCCGAUACUGACGUUAUUAUUCCUUAUGUCAUUGUCCUGGAAUUCCCUGCCCAGACCGCUAAGGAGAGUUUGGAAUGUGCACCUAUCUGA